AUGAAACUCAUCUUGCUGUGCUUGUUAGCAGCUAUUGCGCUCGAAACAACGGUGGCGAAAGACUUUAGUAGUUUUGUUCACGUACGAUCCAGCAAACGAAAGAGAAACGAAUCCCUUUCCAAUAAUGAAAGCCGCGGUACUCCACUCGAAGCUCCUAAACCAAACCUUUGGGUGGACUUAUGGGACGCGGAGAACGAACUACAACGCAUCCUCCAGGAAGCGAGCAUGACAUCCAUGUCCUUCAUGUCAAUCUCCCCGACGCCUCCUUCUCCGUCUCCGCCCACACCGGAAAUUGAGACCACACCAGCACCGAUGGAUCCCUCACCUGUUGCGGAACCGACAAUGGCACCGAUGGAUCCCUCACCUGUUACCGCACCAACACUUCCGAUGCCCACCCCUUUAUCUGAUGAACCCUCCUUGGUUCCUUCGGAACCUGUGGACGGGGUCCCCACGUCAAUGCCGUUGGAUGAGAUCGAAACUUCGGCUCCUGUCGCCCCGUUACCAACUACCGAAGUCCCAACGUCGGCGCCCGCCGCAGAAAUCGAAACGUCCCCUCCUUCCGAGGUGACUCCUCAGCCUGUUGCGUCGCCGACAACCGAUCUCCCUACGGGAGUACCCAUGGCAUUGAUCGAAACACAACCUCCUACUGAUAUCACUUCUGACGUACCGUCCGACAUUCCAUCCGAGAUUCCCUUGACGGACUCAACUGAGCUCCCUACUUCACAACCGGUGGUAUAG